AUGGAUUGUGCAACUGCUUAUGAAGAUCAAUCGACAAGAGAAGCCAUGAUUAGCGAAUUUUCAUAUGUCCAUAGCUGUGAUUUAAACUAUAAUGUACAAUUAAGAAUCGGUUCUUUGGAAGGGAAUGUAUCACUUAUAAAGAAAUCUCAUAUUGUAACUGGCGGCAAUUUCUUCAUAACUGUUUCUGUAUACUGUAAUAAUCGGCAAGUGGGUGUACCUGUAUCAACAUCAUAUAAACCACCACCAAGUCAUGUUCGUACCACGCUUCAUUCUUGGGAUGAAUGGAUUUCUCUACCUAUCAAAAUCAAUGAGCUUAGUCUUGAUACCUUUAUCCAUACAUGUCUUUGGGACGUAUCUGAAACUCUUGAACCUCGAUUCGUUGCUCAUUCGUCCAUUUCUUUAUUCAGCAAGCGUGGCGUAUUUCGAUCUGGUACUAUUCCAUUGAAAAUGGAAAUGGCUACAAAGCCUGAUGAUUACUUAAGACCACUUCCCCCAUCUGUGUUCACUAAACAAACAGGUGCCGAUCGUCUGCAAAAACUCACAAAAGAGUACGGUGAAAGAUUUAUCGAGCAUGUGGACUGGCUUGAUCGACUUACAUUUCCACGCAUCGAACAGAUUAAGAAAGAAGCCAGUGAACUUCAUUAUUUAUGCGAAGUGGAGCAGCGCUGUCUUUAUUUAAUUGUUGAAAUGAUGCAAGUCGUGUGUGGUGACAGAAUAUAUUCCGUGGUUUAUUAUGAGAAUGAAGAAGAAUCAAGAACACGUAACGUUCAUGCUUCGUUCGAUCCAGAAAUCGGUUUAGAAAAUCUGUGUGAAAUAAAACAUCAUAUAAUGACUCGUACUGCACGUGCUGGUGUAAUUGAACGUGAACUGAAGCCAAAUGCUUCUGCUCGUGAUUUCUUAGAAAAAAUUAUACAAAGUUAUAUGUUACUAAAGUGUUAG